ACCUACUCCUCAUCGCCUUGCGAAACCUCAUCAUGCUUCUACUCAACAUUCUAUCGUUACUCGCCAUCACGUCCUACGUCUCUGCAGGACCCCUUACAAUAUUUUCCGACCCCGGAGGUCCAUGCAAGAAGGAGAGUGACUGUUACGGAGGAGCCAAAUGUUGCAGCCAGAUCUGCGUACUUGGAAGCUGCCGUAUGGAUGGGUCUUGCGAUGCCGACAACGACUGCUACGGAUGGUGCCACAAUACGCCUGGAACAUGUAAUAUCAAGAAGGGACAGACGGAAGGUCGCUGUGUUUGCGAUAGCUGCUAGACGUCUUCGAAAAACUACUCUGGUCCACGAUGACGCGACGUCGGUCAAUUACCCGAAAGGACCAAAUUACAAAGAUCACGAUCGAGAUAAAUCCGGAGCAAAACAACUGCUUAUUGGAAGUAAUGGCAAGUUGGAGUCGCCGACGAUGAUCGAGUAUCGGUAUUCAGUGUUGAGGAAUGGGAUUUGGUGGAAGUUGGCGAUUUGACGAUUUGGCGUUGGGGAACCAUGGUGUUAUAAGAGAAAUCUCCGGCGUUUUGAACAUUCCAGAAUUCAUCAUAGCUAUUUGAGAUACAACAAAAAAAUGCAAGCAAAUGUUAUAUCAGAUGCGCGACAAAAGAGACGGAAGGAUGCUCAUUGAGAUUGCUCCCAACUGAGUCCGGCUGACAUGAGCUCUCAGCCACAGGCCACACCGCUCCUCUGUUUCUUAGACCCGAUCACCAAGCUAAUCAGUGAAAUUUACAAAGCAAAGCGAGAGCCGAGUUUUCAUCCCCGUGAAUACGUCAUGAAUUUCGGACUCAACUCUUGAGAUGAAGGGAUGAGUCUAGAACCUAGGCCUGAACGUAAUCACCGUUUGUAGUUCCUUUCGGAUCCUUUCCGUAACCCGGAUCGACAUAGCCGUCACGUAGUCUGAUCGUCUAUAUUUGGCACGCAAAAACUGUAAUUAAAUUUCAGACAAACGACUCUGUCCAGAGUACAACAUCCUAUUUCUAUAGGAAAUCUACACCAUGUCUAGGAAGAUAAUGCGGAAGACUCGUACCCGUCUGCAGUACUUGCUAAUCACUCGCCGGCGUCAUCAUUAGGGUCCGAUACUAGAUGCCUUCUGAAAAUGUCCUUGGCGUCCCAUCGACGCCAAUCUUCUGCGCGGAUCCGGAAUAUAUGUACGAGUAGAACAAGU